GCCAAGUGCAAAGAGGGGAGGCAGGGAGAGGGGAGAGGGAUUGCAAACCACGAAAGACCACUGGCUCGACAAUUCGAUUAAAAAUAUCAUUGUAAACUGAAACAAUAUCAUGUAGCCUAACUUAAAAAGCAAUCCUCCCUUUCCCAAGUCAUUUCAACUUCAUACUUUAGCACGUUUAUUUCCUUUUUUACAUAUUUAAGGAUUUGCCUUUAUCAGCAAAUUAUGCGCGUAUACGACAAUUCUAGAAGUUCAAGUCAAGGAAAGGAUCUCCUAUCUCCAUUUUACGCAUCUGUGGAGUUUGACAGAUGGAUUUAACAGCGCCUGACAGAGAUUGAGCCGUUCGCUAUUGUUGUCACAAUAAGUCACAUCUGAAAGUUUGAUAAGUUAGUGGUAAUUGCAUUCAGCGUGAUGAGCGGAGGUCGCUUUGAGUUCGAUGAUGGCGGAGCGUAUUGUGGAGGCUGGGAAGGAGGUAAAGCGCACGGGCACGGGAUCUGUACCGGACCUAAAGGACAAGGAGAGUUCUCCGGUUCCUGGAAUUAUGGGUUUGAGGUGGUGGGAGUGUAUACCUGGCCGAGUGGAAACACUUACGAGGGGUAUUGGUGCCAAGGAAAGCGUCACGGUCUAGGUUUGGAGACCAAGGGACACUGGAUCUACAAGGGAGAGUGGACGCACGGAUUCAAAGGCAGAUACGGGACGCGCAUCAGUCAGGCCAGCGGUGCCAGGUACGAGGGCACUUGGAAUAACGGACUGCAGGAUGGUUACGGCACGGAGACCUAUGCGGAUGGCGGUACCUUUCAGGGCCAGUUCACUAGCGGCAUGCGACAUGGCUAUGGAGUACGUCAGAGUGUUCCCUAUGGCAUGGCAGCGGUGGUGCGUUCUCCUCUGAGAAACUCUCUGAGCUCCCUGCGAAGUGAACACAGCAAUGGGACACUCCUGCAGCAGGACAUCCCAGUCAUCACUGCCACCAAUGCAUCCGGCCAGGAGACCCUGGUCAACGCGCCCAUGCCUCUGGGCCCAUCUCGUGGUGGUUUCGCCCUCACCCUGCAAGUGGACCCAGAUGCGGUCAAGGCCAAGAAGAAAGGCCUCUUCCGGCGCGGCUCGCUUCUUGGCAAGUUGAAGAAGUCAGAUUCCCGCACGUCCCUCUCCAGCAAUAAGAGCAAGAUCAGCUUUUUGCGGAGUGAGUCAGCUCUCAGCUCCGCCGCCAGCGAUGCCAACUCCACCAUCAGCCUGGGUGAGAGCGAAGGGGAAGGGGAAGGUCACGAGUUUCCCCCGGUGGAGUCGGACAUUGACGCCACUACCACUGAAGUCUACAUAGGAGAGUGGAAAAACGACAAGCGCUCGGGUUAUGGGAUCAGUGAACGUUCUAGUGGACUUAAAUAUGAGGGCGAAUGGCUGAACAACCAACGGCACGGUUAUGGGUGCACCACUUUUGCAGAAGGUGGCAAAGAAGAAGGCAAGUACAUUAACAACAUGCUGGUGAAGUCUGUAAAGAAGAAGGUAAUUCAGCUAAAGGGUACUAAGAUCAAGCAGAAAGUGGAGCGCAGUGUGGAAGGAGCCCAGAGAGCAGCUGCCAUAGCCAAACAGAAGGCCGAAAUCGCCAACUCAAGAACGGCCCAUGCCAAAAGCAAAGGAGACGCCGCAGAACAGGCCGCCAUAGCCGCUAACAAUGAGUCUAGUAUCGCUCGUGUAGUUGCCAGAGAGCUCUCUCCCUCCUUCCAUCAACCAGGUCCUGAGUAUAUAAAAAAACGAGCCCUGCAGGAGGUUGCUCAGAGCAAUGAGAAUGCAGAUACAGGGAUGCCCGAGCCCUUGUUAGCUGAAGAUUCCAUACCAACACCCCCGGAGAGCCCCUUCAUGCAUGAGCUGGAAAGUCUAAGACCAAGCUCCACCUCUGCACACACCCCCUCACCCACUCCAGUCAUCGUCCCUCAGGCACCCAGCAGGGAAGAUCCCAACCUCUUGAGCCCUGGCAGCUGGAAUGGAGACAAGACCAGUCGAGGCAGCGGUAGCAGAGGCAGCAGUCGAGCAGGUAGUAGGCCAAGUAGUCGACCCACCACCCCAUCUUCCACUCCUGCCAUUGCUUCCGCUCCAGAUGCCGCUCCUGAGGAACGUUCUGCUCCCAUCAGUAAGAUCCCAUCCCGUACCCCUAGCCGCCAGAGCGCCAAAGCAGAGCAGGGUUCAGACCUGGAAAUCAAAUCUUUGCAGAAAAUGGACUCGGAGUCAAAAGUAGCAGAACCUGCCCCUGCUGCUACGCCAGUAAGAACCAAUCUCGUCCUCACCACCAACGAAGAAGAACCACCACCUCGCCCUGCCCCCAAGCUGUACCCCAAAGCAGUCACACCAGAGCCAAAGCCAGCUGAAGUCAAAAACAGAGAUGCAACAAGGGAGCCUGUAAAUGAGCGCCCAGCUUCAAUGACAGAAAGCAAGCCUGAGUCUAGGACAGAAGUCAGGGAGGAGAAGAAAUUAACCAACAGAAUGGAGCCUAAACCUUCACCAAAACGAGAACCAAGCCCUGCCCCAAAAGCUGCACCAAAGCCUGAGCCCAAGUCAGUGCCUAAACCAGAGCCUAAACCUGUGGUCAAGCCGGUUGCUAAACCAGUUGCCAAGAUCGAGGCCAAAACUGAGACGAGGCAGAAGUCUAUUUUGAAAGCCCCUAGCGAAACGAGACAAGAACCUCUGGAGCUAGAUGAGGGGCCAAACACAAUUAUGAUCUGCAUGGUUAUAUUCCUGAACAUUGGUUUGGCAAUUCUUUUCGUUCACAUCUUGUCUUGAGACGACAAAGCCUAAGCCAAAACCAUCCAGGUGAAAGAAACUACCGUGGGGAGCUGUGAGAAUGCACUGCGCUCCAUUAACGGCUCUGUUGUUGCGUUAUCCAGUUUCAGACCAGCCCUCCUAAGCUACUCUAAAGUUGGUUGUCAUCUGUAACUGGACUGAGUGCUCCUAAAUGAUCAGUGCGUCUCAGUGCCUGAACGCUAGAGAAUAAAGCAUUUGUGCACAUUUGCUUUGUUUGUGAAAGGCACUGCUGCAUUUAACAGUUCUGCUGAAGUCUAAUGCAGGUGAAACUGAAUCAUCUAUAAGGGCUAACUGAUGUUAAGUACAUUCACAAUCACAUCACAUAUUCUAUAGAGCAGAACAUGUCAUUUGGCAUGUAACAUUCAUCUUUGGAGAAUAAACAAAUAGUUAUGACAUUACGAAAUGGGUCAAUCCUGUUUUUUCUUUUCAAUGGCUAUAACAAAUAUAAAAUCCACCAGUGCACUAAUGCUUUAACACCAGGUAGUGUCAUGCAUCAAAAUCUCAGAUGCUGUAUGUAAAUUCACAUUUAAUGUCUUAAAGUUUUCCCUGCAUGAUAAAGAGCAACAUGGCUGAAAAAAAAUGUAAUUGCUAUAAAACCUUCUAGGAUUUUCCAUAAUGAAAGAAGUAUUCCACAAUACAAUAGAAUACUUGCAACAAAAAGACAAGACAAAAGUUGUAAUGAGAACGUUCUAAUUAGAAAAUGAGGUCUAUGAAGAUGUAACAUGGUUGAUUUUAUUAAGCUAAAGCACCCCUGUAAAGAGGGUCUCCACAAGUUGGCGUGAGAGUUUUAAAACAAGAAUCAAAAAAUACCUCUUCACUGAAUGGAAAAAAUUGUGUUGUGGCUUACUAACUGUUGUACUAUGAAUUUGUGAUGAUUCUUCACCCUUUUGUUUUGCCUAUAUUAGUCAUAAAACAGUAUGCAAGAGAUUUAAGAAUGUUCAAACCAGAUUGUGCAAAUGUACAUGUCCCAAUGUUUUAUGCAUGUGUGCACAUUUGAGUGUUUUUGUAAAUUUCUAAAUUAUGGACAUUAUCAGAAACAGUUCAUGGUUUUAGCUAAUUUAACCCUCAUAGAGUAGUGUAUUACCUCAAAUUUGCAAAGGUCUUAUAGAAAAUAUUGUUAACUGUGCAAAAUGUUAUUUAUUGAAUACAUAAAGGGGUGUUAACGUUUUAUCUGAUUAAGUGUUUACAAGUCCUAAUUCACCCAGAAUACAGAUAUUAGUCACUUGUUUCUCAUAUGCCUCUUAAAUGUCUAAAAUCACUAGAACUCACUUUGCAACAUUAAAUGUUUAAAUAAGUUCUUCAGUUAGUAUCCGUUAUAUGACUUUCAAAUGCAUUACAUUUAGCUAAUAAAGACAUAGUAUUCAGCAUUGUUAUUAAUACAUUGCAUUACUUGAGGUUUUCCUGCAAAUUUCCCUCUUCACCUGACUGUUAGGUUUCUUGUUUCAGCACUCACAAUCAUGAAUGGAGUCAUUACAAUAAAA